UUAUCCCUCUCACUCCUGCCCUGCCUGCAGUGCUCUAGUGUCCUCCACAUCAAGGGUUUGAGUCUGUCUAAGGAGCUGAGAGAAUGGCUGCUACGGGGAUGUUCCGUAUGGUGUCAGAGGAGGAGCAAGCCCUGCGGGCCAAGCUGGAACACCUCACGGUCAAGGACCACGGCCCCGUGUUUGGACCCUGCAAGAAGCUGCCGGACCACACCGUCCAGAAGGCGAAGGACGAGUUGAACGAGACUCCCGAGAGGCGCACAUCCUCUCUGAAGGAGCUGAGAGCCCUCAUGAAGGAGAAGGCCGGCGAGGGAGAUGACCUGGCCAAGGCCGUGCAGGAGAAGUUUGGGGACAAACCCGACCCCCUCCUCCUGAGGUUCAUCCGGGCACGCAAGUUUGACGUGGGUCGAUCUCACGAUCUUAUGAAGGGUUAUGUGAAGUUCCGUAAGGACUACCCUGAGUUGUUUGAGAACAUGACCCCAGAGGCGGUCCGCAGCACCAUCGAGGCCGGUUACCCACGCAUCCUCUCCACCCGAGACCGCUUCGGCCAUGUAGUGCUGCUCUUCAACAUCGAGAAUUGGGACCUGGAAGAGGUCACCUUUGAUGAGGUGCUGCGUGCAUACUGUGUUAUCCUGGAGAAGCUUCUGGAAAAUGAGGAGACACAGAUCAACGGCUUCUGCCUGAUUGAGAAUUUCAAAGGCUUCACCAUGCAGCAUGCGUCAGGCAUCAAACACACUGAGCUCAAGAAGAUGGUGGACAUGCUGCAGGACUCAUUCCCUGCCCGCUUCAAGGCGGUGCACGUCAUCCACCAGCCCUGGUACUUCACCACCACCUACAACGUGGUCAAGCCCUUCAUGAAGAGCAAGCUGCUGGAGAGGGUGUUUGUUCAUGGGGAGGAGCUGGACAACUACUUUAAGGAGUUCGACCCCGAGAUCCUCCCAGCAGACUUUGGCGGUAAAGGCUCCGACUGCGAAGGAAAGGCCACCGCCGUGAAGCUCUUCGGCUCCGAGGACACAGCCCUUUAACCUCCUGACCUCUGUCGCCAACUGAAGACCCGCUCUGACUCCCACGAGUACGCAAGAAAGCUGUAGGAAUGUUGUCGUAGGGGGAACCAUGAAGAAAGGUUUUAAACACGGGGAGUUUGUUGUAUUAAAAGUAUUCAUGGGAUAAAGUAAGUAUUGUACAAAGUGAGUCGUCUAGUAGAGGGUGAGUUGUAGAGGUUGUUCAAAUAAAAAAUGGCAGCACACCACGAUUACCCAGCAGACCCUCUGAGGAUGUCCAGAGGGAAAGUUUGGUGAAGAUAAGACAGAGGUCAACAAUCUUACAAAUGCAAUCAUUUUUGUUUAUUGUUUUCCUGUUCUUUGUUUUGCCUUAUAUUUCUAGGUAUAUUGUAGACUAAAGCCUCAGGCUGAUUCGGUCUCUACUGAGAUGCUAUUAAAGACUAGAGUUGUAAUUAAUCAUAAAUAGAACUAUGAGAUUGAAGUGCUUAGCUAAAGAGGAGACAGAAGUUCUGACGCACCACUGAAUGCUGACGUUAACUCUUUCUAGCUGACUAAAUCGUACACAUACUGGACAUGGCACAACAAUGGAGUCCAAUAAUACAUUAUCAAAUGUUUUCUUGUUCCCUAUAAACCUGUUUUUAUUUACACACACACAUAAUGGAGUGGUUUCACUAUUGUUCUCCAUGAAGAGCCAUACUUCCCUCUUACCGAUGGCACUGUCAAGUUGGCAGCAUUAAAAACACUAGAAAGACGUUGAUAUCAUGUGAAGGUCUGUUUCCAGUUCCCCCCGCUGGGCCGAGCUGCACCAUUAGCAGGUCUCACCUGCGAGCCCCUCCCAGGCUCCUGGUAUCAGAGGGGCCACCCCAGUGGUUCUGGCCACCUCUUUGGCCUACUCACUCUCGAGAGCAGUUUGUCAUUAGGAGCAUUUUCUUCUUAGUGUGUUGAUUACUGAUUAGAGGUCUGCUCCUGUAGUUUGACAGGUGAGCUGUAACAUUUUCAA